GGGCGGGGCGGCCCUGCGGUGGGAGGGUCGCACAGACCCCCCGCGGGGUCCUCAGAGCGCAUGUGGGCGGCUCGCCAGGCGUUCACCUGUCCGGUAUCCCUACAGCCCGGGAACCCGCGCACCCGGACCCGGUCCCGGGAUGCUGCUCCGGCCCCGGCGGCCGCCCCUGUUCUCACCGCCGUCGCCGGCUAGCCCCGACGCCGAGCUGCGGCCGGCCUCAGACAUCCCGAGGACCCCUCCCAGGGCCUUCGCCGCUCCGGGCGCGCUGGCGGAGCCGGGAUCGCCCAAGUCCCCCGUGUCCCCGGGCUCGGCGCAGCGCACGCCCUGGAGUGCCCGGGAGACGGAGCUGCUUCUGGGCACGCUCUUGCAGCCGACCGUCUGGCGCUCGCUCCUGCUGGACCGCCGGCAGGCCCUGCCCACCUACCGCCGCGUGUCUGCCGCGUUGGCCCGCCAGCAAGUCCUGCGCACGCCCGCGCAGUGCCGGCGCCGCUACAAGUUCCUCAAGGACAAGCUCCGCGACGCCCAGGGCCAGCCUUCCGGGCCCUACGACGACCAAAUCCGCGAGCUUGUGGGGCUGCUGGGCGACCAUGGGCACAGGCGGGUCCGCCGCCGCCCUCCCGGGCCUGGGCGCCCACAGCGAGGCCGCCGCUCGACCCUCACGAUGGGACCACCCGCUCCGGCACCGGAGGAGCCAGGGGCUGCGCUGAAGCCGACCACCCGGGACGCCGACACCGACCCCGCUUCCGCGCUCAGGUUCAGCUCCUCCACGAAGUCCGCGGAAGCCUCCCGCCCGCCCGGCUCCCCGCCCGCCCUUACGGCCCUCGGCACCCUGGCUCCUGAGCCGGGCUGUGUCCAGGGAUCGCCCCCGCCGCCAACCCUCGACCACGCCAUGGAAGACCCGGACGACCCUCCUGGCUUUCCUCGGGACCGCGCGCCACCCCAGCCCGCUCCCCCGUCGCUGAACGCCGCUCUGCUGCAGACCCUGACGCACUUGGGCGACAUCGUAUCCGUCCUGGGCCCGCUGCGCGACCAGUUGACUACCCUGAACCAGCACGUGGAGCAGCUGCGAGGUUCCUUCGACCAGACCGUGUCCCUGGCCGUGGGCUUCAUUCUUGGCAGUGCGGCUGCCGAGCGAGGCGUCCUUGGGGACCCGCGCCAGUAAGGCCUUGUUUGUUGUCAGCUCCCCCAUCCAGAGCCCACUCCUCAGGCUACCUCUACCUCCCUGUGCAGUCUCCACCCCGACC